GGGGCAUAUUCAUUGAUACUUGCACUAUCAACAUUAAUCUGUGUUGCGAAAUAUCUAGUAGCUAUCCGCCAACACAACCCCCCUAGAUGAACAGGUCUCCUACGACGCCUCUAUAUCGCCAAGCUAUCGUCGCGCUGUCAAGAUGAUGAGUGGUCCGAGGCGCACUCUGAGCUCGCAGCCUUUAACUCAUAGUUGAUCACCGUUCCGAAAUUACCAACAACCAUGUUCGAAAAAUCGUUGUACGACCUCAUCCGAGGUCUGAGGAACCAUAAGGGGAACGAGAAGGAGUACAUACAAAACUGCCUGAAAGAAUGCCGCUCCGAAAUUCGAAGCCAGGACUUAGAUCUCAAGGCUACUGCUUUACUAAAGCUAGUUUACCUAGAAAUGUUCGGGCACGAUAUGUCAUGGGCGUCUUUCAACGUACUCGAGGUGAUGGCUUCUCCUAAAUACCACCAAAAACGAGUAGGAUAUCUUGGCGCAAUUCAGAGCUUCCGUCCUGAUACCGAGGUCCUCAUGCUGGCAACAAAUCUCCUCAAGAAGGAUUUGACGGCGGCAUCAACCACUACCAUCGCCCUUCCGAUUGUCACUCUUCCGCAUGUUAUUACGCCAUCUCUCGCCCUCUCCGUUUUAUCUGAUCUCCUGCCUCGACUUAGCCAUACCCACCCCGCGAUUCGCAAGAAGACGAUUGUCACGCUAUACAGGCUUGCCUUGGUUUAUCCCGAAACCCUACGGGCUGCCUGGCCGAAGAUAAAGGAGAGACUUAUGGAUAGGACUGAAGACCCCAGCGUAACGGCUGCAAUUAUCAAUGUCAUAUGCGAACUGGGAUGGCGGCGGCCCCAUGAUUUCCUUCCUCUAGCACCCCGGCUGUUUGAGCUAUUGGUCGAUAGCGGUAACAACUGGAUGGCAAUAAAACUGAUCAAGCUAUUUGCUACAUUAACACCCCUCGAGCCGAGGCUUGUUCGCAAAUUGUUACCACCUCUGACAGAGAUCAUCCAGACAACCCCUGCCAUGUCUUUAUUAUACGAAUGUAUAAGCGGAAUUAUUCAAGGGGGGAUUCUUGGAAGUGGUGAAGAUGCGGACGGGAGAGAGGAGAUCGCAUCUCUUUGCGUUAAUAAGCUUCGAGGAAUGAUUAUGGUAGAUGGUGACCCAAAUUUGAAAUAUGUGGCGCUGCUCGCUUUCAACAAAAUCGUUUUAACCCAUCCUUGGCUUGUAGCUCAGCAAGAAGACGUCAUUCUAGAGUGUAUAGACAGUGCCGACAUUUCUAUCCGUAUCAAAGCGCUAGACCUUGUGCAGGGUAUGGUCAGCGGUGACAAUCUCGUGUCUAUUGUCGGCCGUCUCAUGAGACAACUCAAGCUGUCUUCAGGAGAUCGCAGGACUACGAAUCAUUCGGGGCCAAGCUCCGGGGAUUCAGAUGACGAAGACUUGGAGAGGACAAUUGAUUCCGCUCCAAAAUCGGCGAACCAAUCCCCGCCGCUUCCAGAUGACUACAGAGCCGAUGUGAUCAACAGAAUACUAAAUAUGUGUUCUCAAAAUAAUUACGGCUUCUUAACAGAUUUCGAGUGGUAUAUUGAUAUACUAACGCAACUUGUUCGGACUGCUCCGCUACCACGACCUGUCGACGAUAUGGACUUACUUUCUACACCUAGGAGGUCAAGUAGCGGUGAUAUAUCUGAGAAAAUAGGGAACGAAUUACGGAAUAUUGCCGUCAAGGUUCAGGCGCUUCGUCCCGCGUGCGCUCGCGCCGCCGAGGCGAUUAUAUCUCAACUAAAUAGCGAGACUAGAAUUGGGCGCUCGAUUGCAUCGGGAACAUUAAAACCAGCUGCUUGGAUCCUCGGUGAAUUUUGUUCAGAAUUAUCUUCCCCAGACGAUAUUCUUGGAGCUCUGUUACAACUAUCCCAAAAGACUUCACCACCAGAAUCUCUCGCAGCCUGCCUUCAAGCGGUCAUGAAAAUUUUCUCGUUGGUUGCCGGAGAUCAAUUAACCCCUUGGACACCUGAGCGUAAAUCCAAGAUCUCACUCCUAAUGGCUCGCAUUAUUCAUUCCUUCGAGGCUUUAGUACAACAUCCAAACCUAGAGGUUCAAGAACGAGCAGUAGAGUUCAUGGAACUGCUAAAACUUACUGCGGAAGCGGCAUCUAGUCAGGAAGCUUCGACAGAAACCGUCCACCAAGAUCCUCCUUUGCUACUCACCCAAGCAAUACCCUCCAUUUUUGCCGGCUGGGAAUUGAAUUCGGUUGCUCAAACAGCUCAGAAGAACGUCCCACUUCCAGAAGGGUUAGACCUUGACGAACCUAUAAAUCCAAACCUCAACUUCCUACUCGCAUCCGCUGAUUCGAUAUCGAUACCAGUCGACGAGUCAGAUGAGUUUGAGAGUUAUUAUUAUCAACGACCGCCCGCGACGAGUAUAGCCUCCGAGCCAGCCAUCAACAAGCUGGUAGAUGCUCGCGAGGAUAUCACUAGCUCUUACCAGCAGCCUACCGAGGAGACCUAUUUGGAUGCAGAUAUAUUAGCUAAAAGAAAGGCCGAGCGUCUGGAAAGGAAUCGAGAUGACCCAUUCUAUAUCGGGGAAAACAAUUCUAUUCAGAGGUCAUCAACGCCGAUACAUAAUAUCCUCCAGAAUUCGAAUGGUCCUGACUUAGACGUUGACUCGAUUCCCAUCAUGGAACUCGAUCUCGAUAAACUUAGCGCAGGCGUCGAUCACUCUCGACAUGUAGCGUCUAAACCAGCCCGCCGUCCGCCGCGGCAGAAGAUCGUUGUUGCCCCAGACGAAAACCUGGGUGGCAGCGGCUUAAGCACGCCAAAGAACUACGACUCCGAAAAUAAUUCGGACACCGCCGCCAAGGUCCGAGCCGGCAGCAAGAAGCUCAAGCAAUCGCUUCUCGGUGUCGACUCCACUAGUAUCGGCGCGCUCAGCCUCGAGGAUGACCCGGCCGGCCGCGCAUACGACCCCGAAGCCCAGCAGCGCGAGGAAGCCGAGAUGGCGCAGGCCAUGAAGGAAAUCGAGCGUCUACGCCUCGAGAUGCAACGCGCAAAUGAGCGCAUACAAGUUGCCCAGGGCGUCGAUGCCGCCGGCACCGUCGUCAAGAAGAAGAAGGCCAAGAAGCCGAAGACGACGGAUCCCGACGGCGAAGGGGAUACCGCGGUCAAGGUCAAGAAGAAAAAGAAGAAGGUCUCGCCUAUAGACGAGGGGGAUGCCGCUGGAGAUGUGGUCGAGGCUAAACCGAAGAAGAAAAAGGCGAAGCCGGCUGAGAUCCAGGACGCGGGUGCGGCGUGAAGAUGGGGGGGAGUGUAAUGCAUAAAUAAAUACAUAAAUAGAGGUAGUAUGAAUAGUAAAUUAGACAUUCGUACUGGCUAGUAUAUAGAUGAAAUAUCAUUAUGAGCAUUGCUGCAACCAA